AAGAGCGCGGGAGGGAACCAAACGGGAAGAAUUUGAAGUGUUUCCGAGGGAGUCAGGUGGGGCCCAAUCGGCGUUCGCGCGACCAAUCGAUGGAAUGGAUACGAGGUUUCGCACUCGCACUCGCACUCGCACUCGCACUUCUGUCCUGUCUCUUGUAAUGUCGGCAUCGCCAAUUUCACCGUCGCCCUCAUCUGGAAUGAUGUAUCCUCCUCCUGAAGCGGUGAGCGAAACCUGGGAAUUCCCCUUUGCUUUCUCUCGACGCACUUCUCUCGCUUUCUCUCUCUGUGCGCAUCUAUUCCCUGUUCUCUUCUUCCUCAAGAAAGGCAUUUCUCCCCGUGCUUUCUCUCUCUCUCUCUCUCUCUCUCUCUCUCGCCCUCCGACUGAUUCUUCCGGCCAUAUCAUCCACCAUGCUUUUCUCUCUCUACCCAUCUGCCAUUCCACCUCCGCCCGUCUUCUUCCGAUUUCUCCCAUGGCGGGUUCGCCUCCAGAUGGGCCCGUCUACCUCCACGGCGACCUCGACCUCCACAUCAUCUCCGCCUCCGACCUCCCCAACAUGGACAUGGUCACCGGGCGCCUCCGCUGGUGCUUCUCCGCCUGCGCCCGGCCUCCCCGCUCCCCGGACCCGGACCCCGACCCGGCCUCGCUGCCCAUCCACCGCAGCGACGACGACGACGGCCCCCACCACGCCAAGAUCAUCACCUCCGACCCCUACGUCACCGUCUGCGUCCCCCACGCCACCGUUGCCCGCACUCGCGUCCUCCACAACACGCAGGACCCCGAGUGGGACCAGUGGUUCUGCAUUCCCCUGUCUCACCCCGUCGACUACUUGGAGUUCCGCGUGAAGGACAACGACCUCUUUGGCGCGCAGGUGAUCGGCACUGUUAAGAUAUCGGCGCGGGAAAUCAUGGAAAAAAGGGUCAUCUCCCGUUCGUUCCCACUAAGUGGACCCUCGGCGAAGCAGAAUUCCACUCUCAAGCUCCAGCUGCAGUUCACGCCCGUGGAGGAGAACGAGCUGUACCGCCUCGGCAUUGCUGGAGAUCCGAAGCAUCAGGGAGUGAGGCAGACUUAUUUCCCCUUGAGAAAAGGGAGUGGCCUCACGCUGUAUCAGGACGCUCAUGUGAUUGAUGGGUCGUUGCCUGAGAUUAAGUUGGAUAGCGAUGCUGGAGGGGUUUAUAGGCGUGAGAAGUGUUGGGAGGAUAUUUGUCACGCCAUAUCCGAGGCUCACCAUUUGAUAUACAUCGUUGGUUGGUCGGUUUCUCAUAAAAUUAAGCUCAUUAGAGAGCAUACCCAGACCCGGCCAUUGCCGCAAGAGGGGGACUUGACGCUCGGUGAAUUGCUCAAGUAUAAGUCACAGGAGGGGGUGCGCGUUUUGUUGUUGAUUUGGGAUGAUAAGACUUCGCACAAAAAGUAUUUUAUUAACAUGGAAGGGGUGAUGCAGACACAUGAUGAAGAAACUAAAGAUUUUUUCAAGCAUUCAUCAGUGAAUUGUGUGCUGGCCCGCGUAAUCCCAGCAGUUGUUGGAACGAUGUUCACACAUCAUCAAAAAUGCGUCUUGGUGGACACCCAGGCGCCGGGUAAUUACCGAAAAAUAACUGCAUUUAUAGGAGGAAUUGAUCUCUGUGACGGUCGAUAUGAUACACCUGAGCAUCGGCUAUUUCGCAAUCUUGACACUGUUUUUAAGGACGACUUUCACAAUCCUACAUUUCCUGCUGGAGUGGAAGCUCCAAGACAACCAUGGCACGACUUGCACUGCCGGAUUGAAGGUCCUGCUGCAUAUGAUGUACUGAUCAACUUUGAGCAACGUUGGAGGAAAGCAACAAGAUGGAAAGAUUUCAGUCUCUUUGUCAAAGGAAAAAAACAUUGGCAUGAUGAUUCCUUACUUAAAAUAAGCCGUAUCUCUUGGAUAUUGAGUCCUCCAUCAACUGAUUUACAUGAUAGCACCAGAUCUCUUUCAAAGGAAAACCGCCAUGAGCGUACUACGGUAGUGCCUGAGGACAACCCCGAUAUCUAUGUCUCUAAAGAAGAUGAUCAUAAUAACUGGCAUGUUCAGAUUUUCCGGUCUAUUGAUUCUGGAUCAGUCAAAGGAUUUCCGAAAAAAAAGAAAGAAGUUGCUGGAAAGCAGAAUCUUAUAGAUGCAAAAGAUGUAGUAGUAGACAGAAGCAUUCAGACAGCUUACAUUCAGGCAAUCCGAUCUGCCAAAAAUUUUGUAUAUAUUGAAAAUCAGUAUUUUCUGGGAUCAUCGUAUGCGUGGCCAUCGCAUAAUGAUGCAGGAGCUGAUAACCUCAUUCCGAUGGAGUUGGCCCUGAAGAUUGCUAGCAAAAUUAAAGCAAACGAGAGAUUUGCUGUAUAUAUUGUCAUACCGAUGUGGCCUGAAGGGGAUCCCAAGUCAGCUGCAGUCCAAGAGAUUCUCUUUUGGCAGAACCAGACCAUGCAAAUGAUGUAUCGAGUCAUUGCAAGUCAACUGAAGCAAACAUCACUUAAAGAUUAUCCUCAGGACUACCUUAAUUUUUACUGUCUUGGUAAAAGGGAAGAUAAUUCUGGUCAACAUUCUCCAAAUAAUGCGGUCUCAGAAUCGUACAAUUCCAAGCGAUUUAUGAUAUAUGUUCACGCUAAAGGAAUGGUAGUGGAUGAUGAGUAUGUCUUAUUGGGAUCGGCAAAUCUUAACCAAAGGUCAUUGGCUGGCACCAAAGAUACUGAGAUUGCCAUGGGUGCAUAUCAGCCCCAUCACACCUGUGCAAAAAAGGAGGGGCAUCCACGUGGUCAGGUAUAUGGAUACAGAAUGUCCCUGUGGGCAGAGCAUCUUGGGGUAGUGGAAGAAUGCUUUGAUGAGCCUGGCAGUCCAGCGUGUGUGAAGAGGGUGAAUGAGAUAGCUGGAAAGAACUGGGACAGCUACAAGAAUAAAGGCGAGUUGCAGGGCCACCUUCUCCGGUACCCCAUACAGGUGGACCAAGAUGGGAAUGUCAGGCCAUUACCAGGAUCUGAGGAGUUUCCAGAUGUCGGUGGCAAAGUCGUUGGUGCUCAUACCGCUGCAAUCCCUGAUGUUCUAACAACUUAGGCUCCCUCUGACUCCUUGUCCACGCAGCCCCAGGAGCCGCAAAGAUGUUUCCCGGGCUGUCGCUUCCUCACUGAUGUAUAGAAUUUGUUUCCGUCUGAUUGCUUUUGGGAGGUGCUGUAGUUCAGAUUAUUCUUUUGCUGUUUCGUUUUUUCCUUCUGUGGCUGUCUGGAUGUUUCGCUGACCCCAUGCAUAGCGAGGAUCCUCGGUGGUGAUCUCGGCCAUGGUGUGAAUAUUGUAUUCGAGCAGUUCGGUAUCUCCUUCGGCUUUGGUUGAAAGUGUGCAGUUACAAAUCUGGGAGCGUCUGUGCUCUAUUGUUUUAGAGGAUGAAGAAUGUAAUUUGGAAAAUGUUGUCCAGAAAGCUAUGAUGUAGUUGAACACGACACAGCUUGGCUUU